AGGGGACAGAGACACACACGGCGCUGACUUCGAACGAUAUUUGUCGUUUAGCGAGCCUAUUUUUCUUUUAUUUAUUCUUUCCUUUUUUUUCUUUCUCUUGUGCAGCCCGCUAGUCGGCUAUUCUGUGCGCGCCCCGCUCGUGACCGCAGGCGGUUGACCUAAAGGAAGAAAAUAUGAUAGCGCCUACACACGUAUGCACAGGACGUGCCUUUCUACACGUGCCGAAUGGCUGCCGCCCGACCUCGGCGUGCGGUUGUUUUGCUCCGUGCUUGGCGAGGCCGGCGCACCGGGGCGCGCACGUCGGCGCUGCUCCUCCUCGCUGAUGCCGCUCGACGGACAACCCAGCGCCAGUUCCGGCCAGCGGUAGGGCUGCACAUGCGAUUGCGAUCGAGUGUGCCUCGUUAUCGGAGUCCAGCGAGCUCUACCUCGAGUGUCUAUUCCAGCUCGUGUGCAAGCAGUCGGGUCUGUCUCCUGGCGAGUGCCUGCGUCGUGUGUGUGCGGACAUCGCUCGCAACUGCACACUGUCGAUGAUCCCGCGAUCUCCUCGUCGCCGGUGCCGCAAGCGCGCUUGCCAGCGAGCCGCGUCGCUCCAAGCAGAGGCAGCGACCACGCUGUCCCGAGUGUUUCCAGCAAGGGUCAGCGCGACAUCGUCAGAAUCACCAUGACAUCCGUGCGAGGCCAAGUCGUUCAGCUGUACAAAAAUCUCCUGCACCUUGGGCGUGACUACCCAAAAGGCUACGACUACUUCCGGAGUCGGCUGAAGGCGGCCUUCCUCAAGAACCGCGAUGUCAAGGACCCUGAGCAGCUGACCAUGCUGCUUGCCAGGGGCCAGUACAUCAUCAAGGAGCUCGAGGCACUCUACAUGCUCAAGAAGUACCGUACGCUCAAGAAGCGCUACUACACCGACACCCCUUCAUAAUAAAAUGGCCACACUGCUGUGC